AUGGGAAGAUCGUCGCCUCCAUUCCUUUACGAUCGUCCAUCUACCUACAGCUUCAAUGGCCCGACCGAUCCAGGCUUCAAUCCCAAGGCCGUGACGCAAGCGAGCUGGACUCGCUCGCCGCCGAAGCCCAAGCCGAAGGGCCCGUUGAUCAUUUUCAACAAGCACCCGGACACGUGGGGCAGCUACGAGGAAAAGUCAACAUGGACGCCCAUGGGUUUCAACACGAAAAGAAACAUCAAGUGGGCUCGCGGUACACAGCUGGGCCUCCGCUCGAUCACCCUGCUGGGUGCGAUUGCUUCCCUCUUCUGCUCGAUUGUCAUCAAAAAUGCUGCGACGACCAUCAUUUGGAUCAUUCGGGCUGGCCCCAUUGCCGCUGCACUGCACACUGCUUACUCCAUCUAUCAUUUCUCUCGAUCUCCAGUCAACCGUCCUGCAGGCUCACAGGCUAGCUAUGGGGGGUUCGCUGCUACUCUCGAUACCGGGCUGAUCGCAUUCUAUGUGUUUACCGCUUACAUCGCGCACGGAGAGUGGGCCCUCAAUGCCUACCACUGGAGCACUCUUUUCGGCAAUAGUGAGUUUACCAUGCCUAUUGCCGAGGCAACUUUCAUCUGUGCCAUUGUCAAUGGCGGAUUACACCUGAUCUCUUUGGGUAUCUCAGUCUACUUGGCAGUCAUGUUCCGCAAAAUCUCCCAGCUGCCACCUGACAUGAACCCACUGGAGGAUAACUUGACUGCUCGUCCUCGUCGAAGCCGGAAGGAGAUUGACCUGGAUGAGAAGCACAUGAGUUCAUCGACCCUACACUCCAACUUGGAAGACCCGCUCAUUGGCGCUCCUCGCACAGUGCCCUUUAUGCAUACGCGUGGCCAAUCUGGAGACUCUCACCGUGGAUCAACUGACUUCAUAAGUGAACAACGCCAGUCUCGUGCAUCUAUCCAGCCUCACCGACUGUCUCAUCUGGAGCCCACCAGCCCUGAAAUGCUCUUCCAUCAUCCGGCGAGUCAGCCAUACGAUCUCACCUCGGAGACACCGGCUCCGGAGUAUCGCAAUGUCACUAUGGGAUCUCCCGAAGUCGUCAACCCGGGGGCGAAUAUGCGACACAUGACAUCUCGGGCGGCCGACCGAUCCAACAGUCGUUCCCCUUCGCCUGCGGACGAAGCCCAGGAGCAGAACAGCAAUAACGCCCUUCGUCAGUCCUCAUCAGUUUACAGUCGACGUACCACCUCUGAUGCGACUACCAAUAGCGGCAUCCGUGACUGGUUUGCAUAUGGCCACAAGCCGGCCAGCAUCGGUAGUGUGAUUCCCGAGGAUACUCGUGGCGAGUAUGCUGAACUGGCGAUGCACGAGUACUACGGCAACGAAGAGGACAAGCGCGAACAAGAUCUGGGCGACACCCGUUUCAACAUUUUCCCGGACCCCCAGGAGCAUGACGAUGACAACAUCGACGAUGAUCAUUCCAAGAAUCUUCCUUUCAACCCCCUCAUGCUCAACCCACCAACCCCUCAACCUGUUCUCACGGAGAAGCCCGAGGAUACCGAUCCAGUCCGACGCUAUGUCCUUAGUGACAACCCGAACCUCUCAUACAACCAUAAUGCCCAGAUUUUUGCCCCUCAAGAGUCCCAAUCCACCGAUUCCACGCCCACCAAGGGUCGCUUCUAUGGCGAACUUGCGGAGGAAGGCAUGCCCAGCCUGGACACAUCCCGCGAUAUCACCAACCAAAAGCCAGUCACCCGUCAACCCACCAAGCUUGUCAAGAAGAAGAGCAAGAAGAUGUCUGCCUACCGGUCUCUGAAGAAAGACGACAGCGGCGACGAAGGCUACCUCAGCAGCCGUUCCCCAGCCAUGGCCGAAGGCGAUCGCAAGGGCCGUGUUGUCAGCAACUCUGGUGCAGACACGGCUCGCCCGGGUAUCGGAGCCAGUGUCGGUGCUUCGCUGUCCUCGUACGGUAGCUACAUCGCCGGUUUGGGUGUUGGCCGUCGUCGUGACGUGAGCGGCAAGAUCGCCGAAGAAGGACGAAGCAGCAAGCCUGUCGAAGAGCACACCGUUCCUGUUCCGACACAGAUCCAGAGUCCUGCAGCGUCUCCAAUCCGGGCAGCCGGCUGGGCACGGUUUGCUGGACUGUGA